AUGGAGGCGCGGAGGGCCGAGAGGGAGAGAGCGCGUAAAGCGCAGGAGGACGAGCGUCGCGCUCAGAAGCUGAAGGCGGCCGAAGAAAGGGUGCAAAGGGCGAUGGCAUGGGAGAUCGAGGCGCACAAACAGCUUCAUGGAGGGGGGAAGAAGCGAAACCUCUCGUGGCUCGAUGACCUGGAUGGCUCCACGCGGGCCGACGACGACGAUGCCAGUGCGGCGUCCCGAGCAGAGAGGAUUCCGACGGCGAGUACUCGUCGGAGCACCGAGAAGGAGUACUCGUUCGGCCAGAUGUGUGAGCUGAUGGAGAGGAUGGAUCGCGAGAGUCGUGAGCGGCAGGCGAAGAACGACGCCGAAACGAAGCGCCAGAAAGAACAGCGGGAUGAGGUGGCCUCGCCCAAGGCCAAGGGCGACCGGAUCACUAUUGCAAAGGUGGCAACGACGCAGUCGGUCCCAAACUCGGCGACGAAGAGCAGCAAAACUGUCCUGACGCCGACAAAGACGACGCCCGUGACGAAACGGUCGACACCUUCCUUGAUUGCCGAUGCGAAAGCGUCGGUUCCUUCCUCGAAAGGACAAGCAGAGUUGCCGUGGACAACGACGCCAUCAUCCUCGAGCUCACAGGCUGAGGCUGGGCCAUCGACGGCGGCCUCCCGGACGUUCGACCGGUCGCGCCCGUACAACCCCCUCAUGGACCCCUACCCAGUGGCAGGGGUUAUUCCUCCGCGCCCGAGCACGUCGACCUCUGUUCAACCCGUGGCCAGUUCAUCGCGGACUUCCAAAUUAACAGCGACGGUGCCAUCGGACCCCACCCCGCCGUCGCCCCACACUUCUGCCGCCGACCUCAAGGACAGCAUUGUAAAGGCCGAGGAGACGCUCACCGAGCACAUCGAGUCCCUGCGCGAGAGCGUCACCGCGCAGUCAAUCGAGCAUGACGACAUGCGGCGGGCGAUCGGGCGUGUCGAGGCAAAACGCAAGGCGGAGCGCGCAGAGCGCGACCGGAAAGCGGGAGAACUCGGCCUCAGCGUAGGCAAGCUUGAAAACCGAGUUUGCAGCCUCGAGUUCAAGGACUACUAUUGCGCGGACGAGUGGGAGUGGAAUCACAAGCAGGGCCUCUUGGCCGCUAAGCGACAGAAGGCUGCGGACCGCAUCGAGCAGAAUGGCCGCGAGAUCACGAUCUUCGAGGUCCUUGCUGCUCCCAGGGUCGAGGACAUGGAGCGCAAGAGUAGCACGCAGGACGAACGCACCAAGGCGUGUGGCAGCGUCGUGGCGCAGUUCGCCCAGCGGACCGAUGCGCUCGAGGCGGGAUUGAAGGAUAUCAUGGCGACGCUGGAGAAGAGGGGCAUGGCGGUGCCACAAGGGACGAACGUCAAGCGGCAACGCACCGCCUGA